AUGGAUUGCAACGGCAUCCCAUUGGUCCUCUUCUUGUUUUCCCAAUCACAGGGUCCCGCAAAACUCAGAUUCAGUGGACUAAUAUACGUACAGCCCAGGUGAGAGCACCCAGGUUCCUCCCAUGGUAUCUUCAGAAAGAGAAAGAAUGAGACUCCAUGGAACUACAGGCUGGCUGGCAGGAUUCCUCGGGCAGAGCAUGCAAUCAGUUUGCAGGGAGCAGCCGCAGCCACAGGAAAGAUGCAGAAGCACAACCAGAAGGAGCACCUCUACAAGCUGCUGGUGAUCGGGGACCUGGGAGUGGGCAAAACCAGCAUCAUCAAGCGCUAUGUCCACCAGAACUUCUCCCCCCACUACCGGGCCACCAUCGGGGUGGACUUUGCUUUGAAGGUGCUGAACUGGGAUGCUGAGACUGUGGUACGGCUGCAGCUCUGGGAUAUUGCGGGACAGGAAAGAUUUGGAAACAUGACCAGGGUGUAUUACAGAGAGGCCAUGGGGGCAUUUAUUGUCUUUGAUGUUACAAGACCUGCGACAUUUGAAGCAGUGACAAAAUGGAAAGAGGAUUUGGACUCUAAGUUGGUUCUUCCAAAUGGCAAACCUGUGCCAGCAGUCCUAUUAGCAAACAAAUGUGACCAGGGAAUAGAUGUUCUUAUGAACAAUGGCAUCAAGAUGGAUCAAUUCUGCAAAGAGAAUGGGUUCGUGGGCUGGUUUGAAACGUCAGCCAAGGAAAAUAUAAACAUCAAUGAAGCUUCCAGAUGCUUGGUGAAACACAUAAUUGCUAGUGAGAGUGAUCCAGUUCAGUCGGUUGAACCAGAUAUUAUAAAACCACACUUGAAUUCCUCCAAGAUUGUCAGUUGUUCAGCUUGCUUUAAAUCCUAAGAGACUUCCAGACUAUUAGAAGAGCUGAACAACUAUGAUUCACAAUUUAUGCUUUAUUCAACGAAACAAGCCUGCUCACAAUGUCCCUAAGCAGAUUGUA